GAAGGGGACAGUGAGUGUGUGUUUUCUGUGCGCGAGUGUGUGUGCUGAACUGAGCGGAGGUGAAGAAGAGGAGGAUGAAGCUGGGAGCGGAGGAUGGGAGGAAGAGUGGAGUAAGAGACAGGCUAGCUGUGUGUGAAUGAGUGAGUGAGUGAGGAAGAGGAGAGGAAGGUCGUCCGAGGGACCGAAAACAAAGACUUGUAUUUUUGGGGAUAACCUCCGGAGCAUUGCUAACGGAAACUUUCAACUUUUUACCCGCCACAGCUCGGAUUGUUGUGCCCCGAGCCGGCUUUGUUUCGCGGCGGGGGUGUCUACGAUAAAUGAAGGAAUAAAAUAGAUCCCCAUCGACCUUUUCUAAGCGGGGAAUACCCUGGGACUGCUUUUGAUAAAGGUUACGAGAGAAUGGCGGCCAACAUGUACCGAGUGGGAGAUUAUGUGUACUUUGAGAACUCCUCCAGUAACCCUUACCUGAUUCGAAGAAUAGAAGAGCUUAACAAGACAGCCAAUGGGAAUGUGGAAGCGAAGGUGGUGUGUCUGUUCAGGAGGCGAGACAUCUCAGGCAACCUCAACACUCUGGCUGACAGCAACGCAAGAGAAUUUGAGGAGGAGUCGAAGCAGCCGACGCUGUCUGAACAACAGAAACACCAGCUCAAACACAGAGAACUCUUCCUGUCUCGACAAUUUGAAUCUCUACCUGCUACUCACAUACGGGGGAAAUGUAACGUCACUCUCCUCAAUGAAACCGACGUUUUGACUGGAUACCUGGAGAAAGAGGACUGUUUCUUCUACUCGUUGGUGUUCGACCCUGUCCAGAAGACCCUCCUGGCAGACCAGGGCGAGAUCCGAGUCGGCUCUAAGUACCAGGCUGAAAUUCCUGACAAGCUAGCUGAGGGUGAAUCAGACAACCGGGUCCAGGAAAAGCUGGAGACCAAGGUGUGGGACCCCAACAACCAACUCAAAGACCCUCAGAUUGACCAGUUCCUGGUGGUGGCAAGAGCCGUGGGGACGUUUGCUCGGGCCCUGGACUGCAGCAGCUCCAUCCGCCAGCCCAGCCUCCACAUGAGUGCCGCUGCAGCCUCCAGAGACAUCACACUGUUCCAUGCUAUGGACACAUUGCAGAAGAACAACUAUGACCUGGCCAAGGCCAUGUCCACCCUAGUUCCUCAGGGGGGUCCGGUGCUGUGCCGUGAUGAGAUGGAGGAGUGGAGUGCCUCUGAGGCCAUGCUGUUUGAAGAGGCUCUGGAAAAAUACGGCAAAGACUUCAACGAUAUCCGCCAGGACUUUCUGCCCUGGAAGUCACUAGCCAGCGUGGUCCAGUUCUACUACAUGUGGAAGACCACCGACCGCUACAUCCAACAGAAACGACUAAAGGCAGCAGAGGCAGAUAGCAAGCUGAAGCAGGUGUACAUCCCCACCUACACCAAACCCAACCCAAAUCAGAUUAUGGUGCCAGGCAGCAAGCCUGGAAUGAACGGAGCAGCAGGCUUUCAGAAAGGACUCAGCUGUGAGAGCUGCCAUACGGCCCAGUCUCCACAGUGGUAUGCCUGGGGACCCCCAAACAUGCAAUGCCGACUGUGCGCCUCCUGCUGGAUCUAUUGGAAGAAGUACGGAGGUCUGAAGACCCCCACACAGCUAGAGGGCGCUGCUAGAGCUGGCUCUGAACCAGGCCCCCGCAGUCACAUGACCCGUCAGGAGGUCCAGGGCAUGUCACCGUUCACCCGCAAUGAGGGCCGAGCCAAACUGCUGGCCAAGAACCGCCAGACCUUCAUUCUGCAGACCACCAAGCUGACCCGCAUUGCCCGGCGGGUGUGUGAGGACAUCCUGCAGCCGCGGCGUGCAGCACGACGGCCCUACGCCUCGAUCAAUGCCAACGCUGUCAAGGCUGAAUGUAUGAUCAGGCUGCCCAAAGCCACAAAAACUCCUCUAAAGAGCAAGCUGGUGCCUCGACAGUCACUGGCCACCAUAGUGAAGGAUUUAGCCAUUUCAGCUCCUCUGAAACUGAAGGCAUCCAGAGGACCCCCAACACCUAUCAACAGGAACCAGGCCAGCCAGCCUCGAGUGGGCCAAAGCCUGCUGGGAAAGAGGGGCUUCGAUAGUACUACAGGUGUGCCGUAUCCAACCAAUGGUAGGCCAUAUACUUCAGGUAUGAGGACCACCUCCCAGUCGGUCAUCAAGAGGCAGAAGGUCAGCCAGGGUGAAGCUCCCAACCCUGUAGUGUUUGUUGCUACAAAGGACACCAGAGCUCUGAGGAAACAUCUGACCCAGUCAGAGAUGCGCCGGGCGGCACGGAAACCUCACCUCCUGGUCCGGAUCAAGCUGCCACCACCGCCCCGCUCCCUGGCCAUGCCCCUCCUGCCCUCCAGCACCAGCGAACCCAUCGUCCUGGAGGACUGAACAGGGGAGACGGGGGGGUGGGGGGUCUUUUAA